GUGCCGCGGGGGGAGCGCAGGCCGCGUCUGAUGAGAAAUGGAAAUCUGGCUCAAAGUCAUCCUUCCUGUUGUUGACAUCACCUGAAAACUCCACUGAAAAUAUUUCCACUAGUUUACUGCAAACAUCAGCUUCCCCUGAGGUCUCAACACCUUGAGCAGUGUACCAUACUGUGGUACAGAGACUCGCUGUUGCUGUCAGCAUUGGAAAAGACUGAAGCUGGCAUCCCCGUUGUCCUCAGCCAGAGGUUGCCCUGCAAGACAGCUGUAAAAUGUUCAUCAGAAAAAACUGAAUGGUAGAUCCUUAAAAGUCCAGAGGAUGGCAUAGCAAUAACGUCACCAUCCAGGGAGCUGGGGUCCUUCCUCGCCUGCCUGCAUGCUGCUUGAACUGAUCCAAGCCUUUGUUUUUGGACCGAAGCAGCCUGAAAACCUUUCUCUCCUAAUUCAUGAGCCAGCAAGAUGUGGUCGCCGUGCUUUCAGAACGCCUGCUCGUAGCUGCCUACAAAGGCCAAGUGGAGAAUGUGGUGCAGCUUAUCAACAAGGGUGCCAAGGUAGCGGUUACCAAGCAUGGCCGGACCCCCUUGCAUCUUGCUGCCCACAAGGGUCAUCUCCACGUUGUCCAGGUUUUGUUGAAGGCAGGUUGUGACCUGGAUAUUCAGGAUGAUGGUGAUCAGACAGCAUUGCACCGGGCUGCUGUCGUAGGGAACACCAAUGUUAUAGCAACUCUGAUUCAAGAGGGGUGUGCUUUGGACAGACAAGACAAGGAUGGGAACACUGCUCUUCAUGAAGCUUGUUGGCAUGGAUUCAGUCAGUCUGCCAAAGUGCUCGUUAAAGCAGGAGCCAACGUUCUUGCCAAGAACAAGGCAGGUAACACACCUCUUCACCUGGCUUGCCAGAAUAGCCAUUCCCAGAGUACUCGUGUUUUGUUACUUGGAGGAUCUCGAGCAGACCUCAAAAAUAACGCAGGAGAUACCUGUCUGCAUGUGGCUGCUCGUUAUAAUCACUUGCCCAUCGUUAGGGUGCUGCUCAGUGCUUUCUGUUCUGUCCAUGAAAAGAACCAGGCAGGGGAUACUGCGCUCCAUGUAGCUGCUGCUCUAAAUCACAGGAAAGUGGUUAAGCUGUUGCUGGAGGCAGGGGCUGAUGCAUCCGUUGUCAACAAUGCAGGUCAGACCCCUCUAGAGGUUGCCAGACAGCACAAUAACCCUGAGGUUGCGCUCCUCCUCACUAAAGCAUCACAGGUCUCGCGCUUCAACCGUGGAAGAAGCCUGAGGAAGAAAAGAGAGAGACUGAAGGAGGAAAGGCGAGCUCAGUCGGUACCACGGGAUGAAGUGGUACAGAGCAAGGGCAGCGUCUCAGCUGCUGACGACACGCCGAGCAGCGACCAGCCACCGCAGAGGAAGAGCGAUCUGAAGGAUGAACCCCGGUCAACCUCACCAGAUCCCAAAGGGAAGAAGAGCAAAAAGAAAAAGCCAAAGGAAAAGGUUUCAGCGCUCUCGGACCCCAUCUCCCCAGCUGAUCAGCAGACACUCCCUCGGCCCCAGCAAAACGUGCCUAAGCGCAGAAGUAAACAUCACUGCUCCUCUCCACCUCCUCCCCACGAGGUCCGAGCCUACCAGCUCUACACGCUCUAUCGAGGAAAGGAUGGGAAGGUGAUGCAGGCACCGAUAAAUGGAUGUCGUUGUGAGCCCCUGAUAAAUAAACUGGAGAAUCAGCUGGAGGCAACGGUGGAAGAGAUAAAAGCUGAGUUUGGGACAGUACAAGAUAAGAUGAAUGUUAAGCUGGGCCAGAUGGAAAGCAAAACUCAACAUCAACUCCGUGUUUUAGACAAGCUUAUGGCUGAGCGGCUGUCCGCAGAGAGAACAGAGUGCCUUCACCGCCUGCAACAGCACACUGAGCUGGAAAAAAAUGAGGGGGAGAAACGGCAGAUUUCCUUGGUCGAUGAGCUGAAGACUUGGUGCAUAUUGAAGAUUCAGAAUCUGGAGCUCAAGCUUUCUGGAGAUUCCAGGUCAUCAAGACCAAAAUCAACUUUGUCCACUUGUACAGAGCAACAAUUAAUUGUUGGCGGACCAGUUUCUUCUGCCCCUGCUCAAGAUGUCAGGCCGAAGGACAAAGCUGUUAGUACCAGCACGUUCCACAGGUUCCAGCAGGAGCUGCCCUCCUCUGAGCUUUUGGGGUCCAAAUUAAGACAUGUUAAGGUUCAAGCUGCUUUGCAGCCCUCGACUGAACCUGCAAAGACUGAACCACAGAGCGGCUACUUCAUCGACAAAGGAACUCAGACAAAGAAGUCCAGCAAAAGCGGGCAGUCAAGGCACAAAGCUCUGCACCACGCCGGGGCACAUCAGAGCCAGGAGCAGCAGCCCUCCGCUACCUGCGGGCCGCCGCCUGCCCCUCCGCUCAGAGACACCUCCCAGGCCCUGGAGAUAACACAGUACUUCUUUGAGGCCGUUUCCACACAGAUGGAGAAGUGGUAUGAACGGAAGAUAGAAGAAGCCCGGUGCCAAGCUAAUCAGAAAGCGCAGCAAGACAAAGCUGCGCUCAAGGAGCAUAUUAAAAGCUUAGAAGAGGAGCUCAGCAAAUUAAGGACUAAGGUGCAGAAAGAGAGCUAGCACCUACCAAGCAGGUAAAGACAAGCAACGGGACUCAUUUUGGAACCUGCUGUAUGGGAAUCUGGAAUAUUGAUAGAUAGAUAUAUAUAUAUAUUUGUAGUGCCUGUUACAUCCAAACAAAAUGCUCUUUUUCAGGAGUAGAAAUAACUUUGCAAACUCCAGAACCGAGGAGAAUUCAUAUGCAGACUGUACUGAUGACAAUGAGAUGCUGCAGAUUAGAUCCUUUCUUUGUUAUUUCCAAGAGUCCGUUAAAUAUUGCACUCUCAAUUUCCAGGUGCUGCUUGAAAACAAACUGCAUUAGAAACCAAAACUGCUUUCUGAAAAGGCAAUUUCCUUAUUUCCACAUAGGUCAUGUGUGGCUAGAGGGUUCCACUGUAUGCUACAUGUAAACACGUGGUGAUACCUAUACUGAAAUAAAUCCAGGAUGUUUGAGAGCUUUUGACAGAGAUUCCAUAGUGGUGAAGGGCUAUUGAUGCUGUUUUAGAUACUCCCCACAGCCUCUCUAGUCAGUGGAGAGAAGCUACAGAACCAACUCAAAUUACAAGCCCAGGUAGGGGACAGAUGCAGGCUUCCACCUGGGAGAGGCCAGGCUCCCACGGAGUGAGAUGCUAAGGCGAGUCAUCCCAUUAGGGUACAGAGGCUUCGGUUGCCACUUUGAUUUUCUUUUGGUUUUACAUAAUUAAAACAAAUGCUAAAUCGGUUUGUCUUUUUUUUUAAUGGUGUCCUGGUUGCAAAGCUCCUUGUGGUUACACGGUUGUUGGGGCCGUACUCCAGUAAUCUGACUGAGAAGUUUUGUUUAGCGCAUGGAUGGCAAAUAUUUUACCAGAACCAUGCUCUGCUUGUUAGGUGUAAUUUUUAUAGAAAUCUCUUUUCCUUCAAGCAGCAAAUGGCUGAAUUACCUACUACUGAAGAAGCUUGAAAAAGUCCUUUAUCUAAAGAAGUGAAAGCUUGGUUCCCUGUACUCAAAUGUUUCUUUUUCUGCAGAGUCAGGAUUUUCUCCCAGACACUUUGUCCAGACUGUCUUCCUUUGUUCCUCUGAAUGAUUCCUCUCUCUUCUCCCCCUACUCUCUCUAAAAAGAGAGGCUGGGCCCUGGUGUGUCUGCAGGUCUUAGGACUGGUUUCACAAACAGUCCCACAAAAUAGAACUCAACAACAUUUUAAAGUUUUUAUGGAUGUGUUUUGUUAUAAAAUCAAAACUUACAAUGAGCAAUGUUGUCCAGGCUGACAGACUCCAAAUAAACUAGAGGCACUGUAACUCAUUGCAUCUGCACCCCUUCAGGGUUUCCUCCUUAUAAUAACCUCUGAGAAAGCUUCAUCAGAUUCUGUUAGAUAAGUAAGUUUACUUAACAGAUCAUGAUAGAACAAUUGUUCAAAAACAAUUCAAACACAGGAUAGUACCGUUCUGCCAGGGAGAAAAAGAUUUUUUUUCUGUACUAAGGAGCCCUAAAAUCAAUACAAAAUACUUUACAGUAUUGAAGACACCAUUGACUAAUUAGUAAUUAAGCUUUCGUCUUCUCAGCAGAUGUAUAAAGCAAAGAAAAUUGUAUUAUAUAACAAUAUUUUUAAAGUUCCUAUUAAUGCACUAUCAAGACAAGAAAAGUGUAUCUGCAGUUAUGGAAAUACUAGUUUUAUUGCUCUGACUUCUGUACUCUAAUAUAGACACUUUCAUACGUUUACAUUUUGUUUAAGCUACUGUAGGAAUGCAGAAGCAUGCUAUUUAAGUUUUGUAUCAUCUUGAUAAAGUGAAUGUUUUGCCAAGCAAUUAAAAUAAGUGUUGCUCAGAA